AUGAUGGCGCAGCCGAUUGAGUUGCCAAAAACGAUCAACCUCGCCGAUCGCGACUUUACCGAUCGCAAGUACGACUAUUACGCUGAGUUGCGUCGCUCUCGCCCGGUCUCUCGCGGGCGAAUUGCCGUGGUGAAUGUGCACCUUGUGGCACGCUAUGCUGAUGCAAUAGCGCUCACUAAGAGCAAACAGUUUCUGCGUAACCGCGGCACCAUAACGGGUGGCGGGCGCAUGCCAUUUCCGCUGCCAAAACACCUGGCGCUCCUGGCGCAGAGCAUGAUUGUGGAAGAUGAUCCCCAGCACCGCCGUCUGCGGAACCUGGUGCAGAAAGCGUUUGCGCCAAGAUCACUGGAUAAGCUUGUUGGCCGCGUUGAGACCGUUGCGCAUCAGCUUUUGGAUGACGCUCUGGCGAAACCUGAAGUGGACCUGCAGCGGGACUAUGCGCUGCAGAUUCCGACCAUUGUCAUAGGUGAGAUGGUUGGUGUGAGUCAGGCGCAGAUGCCGAAGGUGCAAUCCAGCGUGCGCGUCUUGAGUGAUGGGCUGAGCGGCUGGAACAUUCUGCGCACGAUUCUGUGGGACUUGCGUCGCACUGCCGACUAUAUCCGUGAGUUAGUGAACUUCAAGCGGGUAAAUCCAGGUGACGAUAUUCUGAGCGAUCUGAUCGCAGCGGAAGAGGCCGGAGAUUCCCUCACGGAAGAUGAGUUAGUCAGCCUGGUGUUUCUGUUGAUUGUUGCCGGGUACGAAACCACAGCCCAUUUAAUCACCAAUGGCGUACACGCACUGGUGACUCAUCCUGAACAAAUGGCGCGCCUGCGGGCGCAACCCGAGCUGAUGGAUUCCGCGGUGGAAGAAAUGUUGCGUUUCUGCCCGCCGGUGCACGGCACCAAAAUGAAUUAUGCGGUGGAAGAUCUGGAGAUUGCCGGAUAUCCGAUUAAAAAAGGUGAGGCGGUGAUUCCGCUACUGGCCUGCGCCAAUCGCGACAGUGAGAUGUUUGCAGAUCCGGAUGUGUUUGAUGUUGGCCGCAGUGAUAACAAACAUUUGAGCUUUUCCCAGGGUAAUCAUUUCUGUCUGGGUGCGUUCCUGGCGCGGAUGGAAACCAAACUUGCCUUCCAAGUUCUGCUUGAACGAACCCAGGACAUCAGCUUUGCUGCCGGUGACCUGUCGGCACCGCCUGUUCUGCUGGUGAUGGGGUUAACUGCUUCCCACCGGUUGUGGGGUGAAGACUUUGUUAACGGCAUUAUUGAUGCGGGUUAUCGUGUGGUGCUGUUUGAUAACCGUGAUACCGGUGAGUCUGCGCGGCUGGAUGAGUUGGGCGAGCCAACGCUGUGGUGGCAGAUGCUGAAAGCGACCAUAGGGCUCGACGUUGAUGCACCUUACAGUCUCAAUGAUAUGGCGGCGGAUGCCAUUGCGGUACUGGACGAGUUGAAAAUAGAGCGCGCGCACAUUGUCGGCGCCUCCAUGGGCGGCAUGAUUGCGCAGAUUAUCGCAGCAGAUUACCCCGAAAGAACCCAGUCGUUAGUGUCGAUCAUGUCUACCACGGGUGCACCGCACCUGCCGGAAGCGCAGGGCGGGGCGGGUGAUGAUCUGUUAGAGCUUGGCGAUUCUGAGGGGGAUGUGCAGGCGCAGCUGGAAGAGAUGGGCAUGUUCCCAGACGCCAUGCCGCGCCAGUUAAUGGCCAUUGUUUCUGCCGGUGACCGGUCGGAAGCGGUGUCUCGCAUUAAGGUAUACGGCAGCCUACUUGCGGAAUCUAUCGAAAUGACCGUAGGACAAAAUUCAGUGGCUAAAUGGCUCGAGAUUGCAGCGCACGUUGGUAUUGUUGUUGGCCUGCUGCUGGUCGCGUUCCAGAUAGCGCAGGAAGAAGACAUCGCCGCAACAGAAGUGACAGGGCAGCUGUUCUCUGAUGUUAUUGAUUAUUAUGAAAAACUUACAGGCGAAAACCCGGGAGAGGCACUUGCCCGUGCGAUAGACGAUCCCCGCACACUGACAACCGAGGAUCAUAUCAUUCUGUUUAAUCUUUACAUGGCGGAGUUCGCAAAGGCCAUGAGGCAGGAAAGCAUUCCCGAUCAUGAGGUCGGUCGGACUGCAGUUGUGCGCUGGACGGGGCUACUGAAUAACCCCUACGGAUAUGCCUGGUGGAAAGUCUUUGGAAAAUCCUUGUCUCCCUUUGUGCCUCAGCUGUAUGCCGCAUUAGAGCCAGAACUGGAGCGGCUUGGCCCGAAACACGCGAACCAGACAGCCAUUCAGAUUCAAGCCGUUCAAGACAUAUUGCUUGAGCUGGAAAAGUAA